AUGGAUGUCAAUCCGCAAGACGGCGACCUUUCCAAUGGGUCAACUAAGCCAGAAACUUGGCCGCUUCCAGUAGGUGAAGACUCAUUCGAGUCUGAAGGCCGAACUGAAGUUGCGUACAUGUCUCGAUCGUCAACUCCUCCUCUAGUUACUGCUGAGGUCGUACGAAUCUUGUCUCCCACGGUUGUUCCGCGCGCAAGCUCGCGCUCCCGACGAGGGACACCAUCUGUUGCUCAUUCCUUGGUUUCGCACGCAAUCUCUGAAAAUGACGAAGAUGAUGAUCCUAUCGCGAUGUCACGGUACUUGGCUCGAAGAGCAACCCUUCUCGGUUGGUUCGACGAGGCCCAAGGCAAUUCUCAGUCACAAGGCUGGUCUUCGACUUGCGUCGCAGUGAAGAUCCCAGAUCAAGGAUACUCCUUCUUUCCCGCAGACGUGUCUCCCCUGCUGGCAGAUGCGAUUUCCAGGCUGAACGAAACGGCUGCAGUGGCCAUGUCUUCCAGAUUGACCACCGCCAUAAUCGACACUAUCACUCCAGGUCAGAAAAGUCUUAUUGUCGACAGCACCAGUGCACGUAUCCCAAUUGUGGCCUCUCUAAACGACGUGGACCCAGCGUUGGUUCAUCUCUCAAGAGCAUGCAUUGUUGUACAAGAGCGCGUGGUCCUAAUCUGGUCUCAUGAUGCAAGUGUUAUCCUAAACGUGGCGUAUGAUGUUGAGAAACAACUUGGUGGAAAAGGCCCUCGAAUUUCGACAUCGACCACUCCUCGAAUCUCCGGGCGUUCUUCCCCAAUGGAUUUCAACGGUUCGAAUAUGCUACGAUCAACAAAGGCCGACAGCAACAUUUGCUCUGUUCGAGGCGCGCUCGAUGAGAAGCACGAGGUCUAUAGCAGAGCUGUCGCAUUGGAAGAAAAGACCAACGACGACACGCCUGAUUUGGAAAGCAACUCGGCUCCCAGACCGACACUCCGAGUUCAUGCCUUCAAGAUCAGUCUGGCAAUCAUGCUGGUUAUCGUGACACAAGCACUUGGCAUAUCCAGAUUGAUAAAUGAAUACAGUUGGGAUGGUAGUUACAUCCGUUUUGCUUUGGUCACGACAAUCCCGCCACUUGGUUUAUUUUCAUUGUUCUUUUUCAUCGUGUUGGUCACCAGUGUCUUCCAGAUCUUUCUCCCAGCUGGGUUUUGUCUCAAGAACUCCAAGUUUCACUCGGCCAUCAAACCCAACCCCAAGGCACACCGAGACUAUGAGCUGCCCCAUGUUACAAUCCAAAUGCCUGUUUAUAAGGAAGGCCUCAAAGGUGUCAUUGUGCCAACAAUGAUGAGCGUCCUUGCUGCCGUCGAAUACUACGAAGAACAAGGUGGCACCGCCUCUGUCUUUAUCAAUGAUGACGGCAUGCAGUGCAUCCAGCCAGAACUCGCAGAGGCUCGAAAGCAGUACUACCGAGAAAACGGAAUUGGAUACACUGCACGUUUGCCAAACAAGAAAAGCAAGAAAACAAAAAAGCAAAGCCGGUCAUGCUUGGGAUGGUUCCGCAAAUCCAAGCCUGCUGGCGAGGACCCGGAGACUGAGAAAGACGAUGGUCUGCCUCAAGCCUUGGCUAACGAGAUUGGAUUUGAACGGAAGGGCAAAUUCAAGAAGGCUAGCAACAUGAACUACGGUCUUGCCUUCUCAAACCGCGUUGAGGAUGAGCUAGCCCGUCUCACACAAUUAAAUAUCCAACAGCGAGGCUGUGCCAUGGAGGAUCUCACGGAUGAAGACGAUGAUCAUCUGUACCAGCAGGCGCUCAACAACAUGCUCGCUGCUGAUGAAGGUCGCACAUGGGCCGAGGGCAAUAUCCGCAUCGGCGAGAUUAUCCUACUCAUUGAUUGCGAUACUCGAGUGCCUGUUGACUGUCUUCUCUACGGUGCCUUGGAGAUGCACGAGAGUCCUGAAGUGGCGAUUCUCCAGCAUGGAUCAGGUGUUAUGCAAGUUGUUCAUAACACGUUCGAGAACGGCAUUGCAUACUUCACAAACGUCGUCUACACUGCCAUCAAAUAUGGCGUUGGCUGUGGAGAUGUUUCUCCCUUUGUGGGUCACAAUGCUUUUCUUCGAUGGAAGGCUCUGCAGAGUGUUGAAUUUGUCGAUCCUAAAGACGGCCAGACCAAGUGGUGGUCUGAUGCACAUGUCUCGGAAGAUUUUGAUAUCAGUCUUCGCUUACAGAUGCAAGGCAUGUUGGUCCGUCUGGCGACUUACCACAACGGUGGCUUCAAGGAAGGCGUGUCUCUCACUCUAUACGACGAGUUGAAUCGGUGGGAGAAGUAUGCCUACGGUUGUAAUGAGCUGGUCUUCCAUCCCUUCUACCAAUGGUUCUACAGGGGUCCAGUGACGAGACUCUUUCUGCGCUUUCUUUGGAGUAACAUGCCAAUCACAAGCAAAGUUACCAUCAUCUCCUACAUUUUCACUUACUAUGCACUUGCGGCGGGCAUGCUGUUGGCAACUGUCAACUACUUCCUAGUCGGUCUUUUCAACUCCGAAAUCGACCAUUACUAUCUUCCAUCGUGGGGUAUCUGGUGCUCUUUGGUAGUUGUCUUCAAUGGCUUCGCCUCCAUUGCCUUCAGCAUGGUCCGUCACCAGAUGAAAGAAAUGCCCUUCUGGAGGGCCCUGUUGAAUGCGAUCAAGUGGCUUCCAUUCCUAAUCAUUUACUUCAGCGGCAUCAGUUUGAACUGUGCCAAGGCUCUCCUCUGCCACGCUUUCAGUAUUAAUAUUGAGUGGGCCUCCACCGCCAAAGAACCCGGCCCAUCUGGGUUCUACAUUGGGUUGGGGAAGAUGGUCCAGAAGUUCAAGUGGACUUGGAUAAUUUGUCUCAUCAUUUCAGCUGCUAUGAUAUAUUUCGCCGUCGGUGCUCCCUGGGGCUGGACGAUCAAACCCGGUCCCUACUCGGACGCUAACAAUGCGAUCAUUCCUCUCGCUAUUCAGCUUUGCUCUGCCAGCUUCCUUCCUUUGUUUUUGGGCUUGGAUUAA